GCGUACAAGGAGAUGAUGGAGAACAUGGUGGUGUACAAGGGUCCAGUGCAGGAAGUGAGUAUGCCGGCGACAGAGUUCGGCAAGGUCACGACGCAAGAGACGAGCAGGAACUUGUUCGCCUGCACCAGGUACAAGCAUCCCCGACAGAUCCCCACCCAGCGCGUGAUGCCGGACUUUGGGCUGCCUUCCUCCGCUCGGUUUCUGACGACGUCGAUGCUGCUGGCCAACGGAGACCGACUGGAGUAUACGAAGGAAGCGAGAAAGCCAAUGGUGGACGCGACCAACAUGAAGGAGACGCAGAGGAUGAGGAAGACAAGCCUGCCGGAGCAUGGGUUCGGCGCCAUAGUCCCUCGUUUCAGCGGCGAUCGAGACCUGGGGAAGAGAUACUGGGAGACGACGACAAGAACAUUCUUUGUAAGUUAGUUGUGAGAGUGUGAUCGCCGCUACGAUAUCCUGACUUGCUCCUCGUCCUCCUCGUCCUCCUCGUCCUCGUCCUUCUCCUCCUCCUCCGCCUCCUCUUCGUAUUUCUUAU